AGAAGUUCUUCUUUGCCUUAAUCCUCUGUCUGGUUGGGGCUGUCAUAAUCUUUGUGCUACAUAACAAGGAGGACCUGGAGGUGAUGGAGACUCCCUGGCAUAUUCAGCAGAAAGUGAGCUCCCCCAACAUCGUAUCGACAGUUUCCACUGACCCUGACAUGCAUCACAGCUUCUGUACCUUCCAGCCACUGACCCCUAAGGAGGCUCUAGAGGAACGCGUCCUACUAGACUCCAUUGCUUGGCCUGAAAUUCCACCUUUGCCAGCUCCUAUUUCCAUAGAGCACACCAGUGAUCCAGCUCACAGCACCUUCACCAUUCUCCCAAGGAGGGGAGGAGGAAAGUGGCAAGUAGGGGAUCAGCUGGAGGUUAUGAUCAAAAUGUCUGACUUCCAGGGCCGUCCCAAGACAUCUCCGGGAGACUUCCUACUCGCGCGGAUGCACAACCAGAAGCUUGGUGCAGGUGUGGCUGGGAAAGUGGUGGAUCAUCUCAAUGGGAGCUACUCUGCUGUAUUCUCUUUACUCUGGGAUGGAGAGGCACAUGUUGAGGUAACAGUGGUUCACCCUGGUGAGGCUAUCGCAGUGCUGAUAAGGAUGAACAAGGAAGAGCCUGACAGGGUUAAGUAUAAUAGCAUCUUCCGCUCAGGCUCACUAUCUGAAAGUACCAUCUGUGACGUCUGCCUACGUCCAACGCAGCAGCCGCUGUGCAACUUCACUGACUUUCGUACAGGCGAUUCUUGGUUCUGCUACAAGCCACAGAAUCUGAGCUGUGAUACCAGGAUCAUCCACAAUAGGAUUGACAACCCAGAUAUCAUAAGAAUAUUCAAGCCCAAGGAGGAUAUGCUCUUUAAAAGUGGUGUCAACAUGAAAGUCUUCAUUGGGGCUUCAGGACCUGACAACGUCACCGUGUUGCCAAAAAACAAAGGUAUUAAGCAGUUCGAUCUUCAAGAAGAUAAGGAUUUUGGACCCUUUAUGGCCGUGGACCAUGCAAACAACAUCCUGGUGACGUAUCGCUACCACGGUCCUCCCAUCUUUUAUAACAAUUUACCAACCAGCAAGCUGCGGUACAUUGCCAAUGAACUAGAUGACUUAACUGGAGGAGCCAACACUGUCGUAGCUUUUGGCAUCUGGGCUCACUUCACCCAUUUCCCAAUGGAGGUCUACAUCCGGAGGCUGCUGGGCAUCCGCAGGGCGGUGAUGCGGCUGCUGGACAGAGCUCCACGCACGCUGGUCAUCAUCCGGACCGGGAACCCCAGAUCUUUGACACUUCAUUAUUCCCUAAUCCAUAGUGACUGGUACUCAAUGCAGCGUAAUAAGGUGCUCAGAGCCCUGUUCACAGGACUGAAUGUUCAUUGGAUCGAUGCCUGGGAGAUGGCCGUUGCUCACCACUUGCCACACGACCUCCACCCACAGACUGCCAUUGUUAUGAAUAUGAUUGACAUUCUCUUGUCCCACAUUUGCCCCAAAAAGAGUGGCUAG